UAAAACAAUCUUCCCACGUUUGCUUUCAAAAUAUAUGAUAACAUUUAAAAUGACUCAGCAGAACGCUUGUUCGAAUCAUUUUCUAGAAAAUAUUGUUCACUUCAAAGUUCAAAUCAAACUUUCUACUCAAUUGACGAUCGCGAGAAUGAUGGUCGAUGAAUCGAGAAGUCAUACCUCGAAGUUUGAUAAACAUGUGGAUCUUUGAUGUGAAGAAGCCAGUAUAGCCGUAGAUACAGCUAAAAUAGAUUACCUUUCAAGAAUUUCUAAUAGCCACCCACUGAUAUGCAGUAAUCGGUUCGAAGGAUUGUCCGAAAUGUUUCGGAGAACAUUUCCCGAAGUUUUUGAUGGAGUUCUUUUCAAAUUUCUGAAACUACAACAAUAAUUAUGGUCGUUCUAACUCGUGUCUUAGGUUAUGCUGUGCGUAAGGGUCCAAGAAACUAUCUACGUGGUACGUUUAUGGACUCGCUGCGUCUAAACGUAAAAGGUGGUACUGGUGGAAUGGGUCUGCCAAAAUAUGGGGGUUGUGGCGGUCGUGGCGGCAAUGUUUGUCUUAUUGCUAAAGAAGGCCUAACUCUCAAUCAAGUGAAAACUCAGACAAAAUCCAUGAAUCUUGCAGCUGGAUCAGGUAGCCCCAGUUCAGCAAAACAGCUCAUGGGUCAAAUCGGUGAGGACAUUACACUCCCAGUGCCAUCGGGUAUAACAAUUCUAGAUGAUCAUGGACGCCGCUUAGGUGAACUGGAUGAACCAGGUAAAACAGUGAUUGUAGCUAAAGGAGGAAUUGGGGGAUGCCCUGAAACUGGUUUCAGUGGACAGAAAGGACAAAGCCAUGCAAUAAAUUUAGAUCUAAAGUUAAUCGCGGAUGUCUGUCUGGUCGGAUUUCCAAAUGCUGGAAAAAGCACGCUGCUGAAGACUGUUUCCAAUGCGAGACCUAGAAUUGCAGCAUAUCCUUUUACAACAAUUAGACCUAACAUCGGGGUCAUAGAAUUUAAGGACUAUCGGAAAAUUUCGAUAGCAGAUUUACCAGGGCUUAUUGAAGGUGCUCACAUCAACAUAGGAAUGGGACAUAAAUUUCUAAAACAUGUAGAAAGGACAAAGUUGAUUUUGGUCAUCGUUGACAUUCAAGGUUUUCAAUUGUCUCCUGAACACACGGCAAGAAGUUGCUUCGAAACAAUAGUUUUACUCAAUAAAGAGUUGGAGCUAUAUAAGCCCGACUUGUUGAAUAUGCCUGCUAUUUUAGUUGUAAAUAAAAUGGACACUGAAAAUGCCAAAGAAAAAUUUGAAGAGAUAAGUCCAAUGAUUGAGAACUACGAGCAGAGUAUAAAAAAAUUCCCGGAAGAGAUCCAGCCUGAACAAGCUUUACUAUUUGACGCUGUACUUCCAUUGGCGCUAGGUGAAAAUGAUGCAAACGAGAUCAGGCGGCUCAAAGAAAAGAUACGUUAUGUACUCGACCUUCAUGCUGAGCGGCAAGAGAUGGAAAAGCGAGAGGAAUACCCAGAUUAUGAGUUGAUGAUGAAGAUGAAACGAGAAGCGAAGCAAACUACACCGACACUUGUAUAAAUAACUAAUUUGUGGUAGUAAUCAUCGCUGUCGUGACUUAAAAUAUUCAAUAUAAAAUUUCGAAUUUA